UCACAUUAUUUGGCUUUUCCACGGCAGGUCAGGUUUGUGAUUUUCGGCAGGGGAAUACAUCAAGCCAUGACCUGAAUUUGGAUUAUGUUUUAUAUGUAUCUGUGGACAAUGCAGUUGUGUCCAUGCUGUGUUUUUUUGAGGACGGAACGAUAAUCUGUGCUCCUCCUCGCAGCCUGUGGAGUGCAAAGUGUCGCGAACAACUGGGCCAUUGUUUGGAAAUGAUCAACUGAUUGCUGGCCAUUUAUACACACACAGUGAAUGUGUGCAUGUUGUGUCUGUAAACACAUUGGAUUGACCCGCUGUUCUCCACCACCAGUCAUGUCAGGAAUUGAGCUAAAACCCAUUUCGGAAUCGCAAUCGGGGCGAUCCAACUUUCUGUUGCCGCUUGGCAAAACAGUUAUUGGUCGGGGAUCUGUGCUAGGGGUUUCUGAUAAGCGAGUGUCAAGAAAUCAUGGGGUGGUUGAGGUCAGCGAUGGAAAACUCAAGAUUAUGUCAACGCAUACCAACCCAACCUUCUACCAGGCCAACGGGACGGCUAAGCUUGUCGCCCUCCCUAAGGACGUCUGGCAGUAUCUUGACCAUGGAGAUCGGAUAUCAUUGACUCCUGAGCAACACAUCUAUGAGGUGGUGAUUGAUGAUAGACCAAUGAAUAAAGAAUCUCAAAGCCUUGGAACCUCCCUAACUGAGUCACCCCUGAAGCAGCUGUCAAGUAAACAACACAAGCAGGGCGAAGACAAAGAAGGACAUGAGAACAAUAGGAUGGAAGAGAACAAUAAAGGCUCCGAGGAGAACAUUAAGCCAAACAACAAUGACAGUAGAACAAAGCACAGCAAGUCAGAUGGAGAAGACAAUAGAGAAGACAAUGAAAAGGACCACAAAACAAAGAGAGGAGUUGAGCAGGAUGAACCAGAUGCUGGAGUUUCAAAAACAAAGAACGAUAAAGCAGACACAGUGACACUGCCUGGUCAGAAGGAGAUUGCACUUCCCUUGCAACGAGAAAGGAAACUACCGGAAUGGAUGGCCAGUCUUGAGACUGGUCAAACGGCUGAAGAUGGUAAACCAGUCACCACUGGAUCCACCGCUAGAGGAAGGGGGCGUGGAAGAGGUAGAGCUAAGGGAGCAGGCACUCCAUCCAAACCAAGGGCAGCCACAACCAAAGCCAAGAAGUCUUCUCCUAUCAGUGAUGAUGAAGGUAGUGAAGACGAUUACAAACCAGCUGUUAAGAGAACACCAAGCAGGGGUCGUGGGCGCCCAAGGGCAGGAAAGGGCACACCGAGGGGUAAGGGCAGAGAGGCAGCGCAACCCAGGAGAGUCAUCCCUCCGGAGCAAAGUGACGAGGAUGAGGGAGAUGGAGAUGGUGACGUCGACGACGGAGACUUUGUCAAAGAUGUCGGGGAUGAGAACAAAGAAGAGGUCCCCAGGAGAUGGGGGCAUGGGAAAACGAGGGACCAGGCAUCGGUGAAGCGGAGGGCAAAGCUGGCGAUGGAUUACUCUGAGGAUUUUAUGGAGAGUGCUGGGGAGAGUGAGGAAGAGGAGAUGCCAGUGCCGGAGGGGGAUGAAGGGAGUGACUGGGAACCUGAUUCGCAUAGCCCAAGAAUGUCAAGAUCAAGAUCGCCCUCUAAAGGGAAAAGAACACCAGGGAGAACCUCUGGGAGGACCCCAAGAAGGAAGAGGACCGGAGGGCGGAGGCACAGUAGACGUAGUUCAGACGAUGACGAUAGUGACAUGAGUGAACAGGAAGUGUAUAUCCCAAGACCCACAAAAAGAUCCGGUCGAGCCAUUUCAAGCAGCCAGGAUCUGAUGCCAUCACUAGAUGACACUCCAAGGAAGCGAAUAAAGAAAGCGAAUAAUGGCAAGAAGAAACGAGAAGUUUGUCAAUACGGCAAGAAGUGCUAUCGGAAAAAUCCUCUGCACUCGGAGGAGUACAGUCAUCCUGGGGAUUCUGAUUACAUGGAUGAAGAAGGGGAGGGGGAGGAGGAGGAGGAGGAGGGGGAGGAUGGUAGUGAGGGAGAAGAGGAGGAUAAGGAAGAAUGCCCCUAUGGUUCAGACUGUUACAGGAAAAACAAGAGACAUUUAAAAGAGUUUAAACACACCAAGGCGCCUGGACGACCAAAGAGGCAAGCUGCAAAGAGAAAAGCCACUGUUGUUGAUGGUGCCAGUGACGACGACGGGGCGGAAAACACCUAUGAUUACAAGGAUAGUUUCCUUGACGAUGGCACCCAGGAGACAUUAGGGGAUUCCCCCAGUGUUGAAUCAGACUGGAACCCUGUAGAGGCUGAGGCGGAUGAUUGAGGAGACCAACAAUCCAGAGGAAAAUAGAAACAAAAAUGAUGUCUACAUGAACAAAGUGAUGUAGAAUUGGGAUGAUAGGAAGAAGGUAGCCACCUAAAUCCAAACCUUGGAAGACUAUCGGUGAGACGAUCUGACUAAACCUAGGUCAAGAAAAACUCAUGAAAUGACAUAAUUUCCCCCCCGAAAAUAGGACAAUGGAAAUGUGUGGUGGAAGACCAAGGACAUCAACGUGGGAUAUAUGGCAGCCUCUAAUGGAAUGUGUUAUUGCAUUAAAGUAUUGACAAUUUUGAAGGGGAUCCUCUCUGAAUCAAGAUGAGGCAAAUGGAGUAGAUAUUUGUCUUCAUAAAUGUUUCCUGAACAAGGAGGAAAGAAGACUCUGAUGGAGUGGAAAGAGUUUACUCUCCAAGUAGUUAAUUAUCACCGAAGACUUUGAAAAAAAGGGCCAUCCCUCACCCUCAAAGUGUUCCAUUUCAACAGGUGUAGCAUUUAGAUGCAGAACAUUUUAAGGUUGAAAAUGUGAAGUAAGGUUUAAAACAUUGCAUGGUGGCUGGUGAGGUUCAGGGAGAAACCAGUGCAUAGAACUUUCUCUUCGAAAAAGGAAACUGUGGUUUAACAACUUGUCGUUUCGAUCAGUGUGCUCUGAUCGUCUUCAAGAGAAAAUGUUGCUGUUACACCUUGUGGGGAGGGUGGUGUGGGGGGAUAAUCAUCCAUAUAUGCGGCCUUUUGUGGGAGGGGAAAUGGGAAGGGGGGUGGAUGUGUACACUGAUAUUAGUUUCCGUGUUAUGUGACUUAUGUAAUGUUACAUUCUAGCUGCUUGCCCCCAAAAUUGUUGAAAUAUUAAAAGCAAAAUUUGAUAAUUUUGUUAUAAGGUUUUCCCAGUCAUUUUCGGCAAAUAAGCAGCAAAUUUAAACAUUGGGUUAUUCUGGUUUUUUUUUGCAAAAUUGAAAGCUCCUCAAAACAGUCAUUGAAUUUCACUUAGUGUAUAAAGCAAAUGUUCUUUUUCGAUUUGUGUCAUGAGAUUUUAUAAAGAUAGCCAUUCAAUUUAACAACUCACUCGGACAGCAUUCAAACUCGCAACAGCUUUCUGCACCGCUCAUUUGGUCAUUCAAAUUUGUUUUCGGGCAGACAUUGGUGGGAUUUGUGCUGCUGAUUUGCCACUUUGUUGUACUAUCAUGAAUGUUGCCUGUCUUGUAGAUUUCAAAAGGGAUAAAAAUGGGUCACAUUCUUGUAUGAGAUGUUACUUUCCUGAAUUCCUUUCUUUGAUAAUGAUGGCUAUUGGGUACAACUACAAUUUUUCAAAUCCGUGAAGAAAGCACCAAGUGGCAGCAAACCAGUGCUCAGAUACCUGGCUCGUUAAAAGAUGAUUAAGAAAACACAAGGGAUAAUUAAAAAAACUUACAAACACCAAUGACGUAUAGGAUCUUGAAGUUGCACAAAGGUAUACUUUAUUUUCUCAAGAAAGAUAUAAAGAAGCCUAUGCUUUGUAUUUGUUUUUGUGUUAUUUUUGUUAAUGCUGAUUGCUCAUAAUUGCUAAAACGUAAGUAACAAUUUGGUAGAAAUAUCUAGUUGCGUAUACUCUGCUGAAUUGAAAGCUGAUUACUCAUGGCUAAAAAGAACGCCCUUAAAAUUUAAUUGAAUAUAAUUCUCUAUAAUCUUGCAUUUCUAAUUGAAAUUGGGUGACAUAUUUAACUGUAGAGGCAAAAUUGCUUUAAUAUGAAUGCAUACAAAUGAAAUGGCUGCUUUCUUGCCAAAAUGACUAAGGAAACCGAGAAUGUAUACUCUAGAUUUCUGAUGUUCUGCUGUAAAAAGCAUAAGUCAAGAAAUGCAAAAUACAGAAAUGAAUCUUGUGCUUAAUAUGUAUGCAAACAAAAUUGUAUCUAUUUUAGGACACGUGUAUUUAGAAGUUGUGAACAAUCAUUAUUUUUAAUCCAUACUUUUUAUCAUAGGGAUCAGGCAGCCUUCUGUAGUAAAAUGGUCGAUGAUUGCAAGUCCAUUCAUGACAAAAUUCACUUGUCUGUUUUUUUAAAAACUCAUUUUGAGAUGGUUGCCUUGCAUACUUUCAAAUAUGCAUUGUUCACAUAUUAAAAAAAUGUGUGCCCAAACCAAUUGUUCAAAGUAAAAACCUACAUUCAUGUAGUUUACCAAUUUUUUAAAUAUUUUUUUAUUAUUUAUUUUUCAUUCUUCGAAAAGAACAUGUUACAGUGUAUUAAAAAUGUUUUAUAGAUAUUUUUUUCUUCUAAAUAAUGAAGCAGAUUUAUCACUCAGGCCUCCCAAAAUGAACUUCAAUGUCCCAAAUUAGCCCUUGAUGGUCGGCUUUAGAUUUGAUCAAUUUCGAUUAUUUUUACCAGAAUUUGACAACAGACUCUUUUAUGGAUGAUCGAUAACAAUUAUUGCAUGUAUCUUUCACCCAAGAGUACCCUCCACUUUGUACUUAGUGAAAUUUGACAUGUUGUCUGAGAUCCGGGUGCUGAGCUUUUAAUUUUAGCAUAAAGGCCGAGUCAACGAUCACCACGCAAACAGAACGCAUACUAUUGGUUGAAUUGCUCCACGCAGAAUACGUACACCCUCAUCCAACCUAUGGAAUGCGUUCUCUUUGUUUGCGUCGUUAUCAGUAUCGUUCUUGUUAUCACUGCAGUGGGACCGGGCCUUAAUUGCGGAAUGAUAUUUGUGAUCAAGAUGUUUCUCAUUUGUACAUGAGCUGCGAGUCCAACAUUUCUCUUCAGUCAUGUUUAUCUAUCUACCUUAGAAAAAAAUGCUAGUUUUUUAUAACAUGUAUAAUGCUUAACACAGAUAAUUGUUCUUGAGUCGUUGAAUGUUUUUAGCUACUAAUAUUAGAGAUAGCUUUUUUUAGCCGUGUGUAAUGCUUCUUUAAUAAGCUCUCUCUACAGCUCAGUGCGAGUAUCUAUAAAGAACUGUUUAAGAGAUGGAAAAUACAACUUUAUCAUGAUUUUUAAAUCAUUGUAAGCCAAUCUGCAGCUACAAGGGGAGAUUAUGGUCUGUUCCCGGAUUUGUUUACAUUGACAGUUAAUAUUUACGAUUGUAAAUUCAUAAUCCUGGGCCCAAUUUCAUAAAGCCUGUAAGCACAAAAAUUUGCUUUGCGUGAAAUUGCUUGCUUAAUAAA